AUGUGGUUGUGUGUAUUGUAUGUAUUAUGUUGGUUGGUGAAGAGUUCAGUUUGUGAUAGAGUUAUAAAUGACAUAACAACUGAAGCAAUGUCUAUUGUCAGUGAAAAUAUAAGUGUUUAUCAAGCUUUAGAAUCUACAUCUGUAGCAAAUCCGAAAAAAAUUAUACAAGGAUUGGGUACUGUUGGUAGUUUUACCAACAUUGACAGUGAAAGUACAAGUGAAUUGUACAUCGCAGAAACUCACAGCGAGGAACGAUCAGCAUUUUUGAAAGGUAGCAGAUCUGGUCAUAAAAAACAAAAUUCCACAAGAAAAACAACGGACACCAAUGAGGAUCUGAUGUUGAAUAAUAGUUUUAGUGGAAUUGUUUGUGAAAACCAAAGAGAAUCGUGUAACGGUUUAUGUAAUGCAACAAAUGCUAUGUAUAAUGGUAUGAAAUGUAGCUGUGAUAUUCAUUGUCAAGUAUACAGAACUUGUUGUGAAGAUUUCGAACACUAUUGUCCUAAUCUCUGGUUAGAAGCUCAUCAAACAUAUGGGAACGUGAUAGAUCUGAAUAUUGAAUGUUUGGAAAGUUAUAGUUUAGGAUAUUUAGUUAUAGCUGCGUGUCCUAUAGAUCAGCGGUUUCAAAAUGAUGACAGGAAAAAAUGUGAAAAUUCCAGCUUAGAACAACCGAUUUCUGUAGGUGAUCUACAUUUUAAAAAUAUUGAUUGCUUGCGAUGUAACGGUUUUAAUGAUUCAAAUGGUUUACUAUGGGAAAUAAUUGUAUCUCUCCAUGCAGAGAACUCACGCAAUUGGCUUGAAGGGCCUGGCUUUCUGAAAAGUGAGCCUUAUGGUACAUAUGUCAAUUGGAACCCACAUAAUCCGAAUGUAAAACAGUGUUCAAAGAAUAUCAUUGGCAAAUGUCCGGAAAGCACCUCCAAUUAUAUGGCUUCUAAAUGUAAAGGAAUCAACUCUUAUGUUAAAGUAUCUGUUAAUAAUUCAAGAUUAUUUGAUAUUUAUAGAAAUAAAUAUUGUAUUGAAUGUAACAUUGGUAACAGCACUCCGUGUAAAGUUAUGUCAACAACAGAUUUUAAAGGUAAUAGACAUUCUCAUCUUUCGACACUUGUCAAAUGGACUUCUUCCCCAGAUUUUAAAUCUCAAGGAAUGUUUGAAGGAAGCUCUAGAACAAAAUGGAAAAAAAUGAAGUGUUCUGGAAGUUUUCAGAAUUGGUCCUCACUUCAAUGUUCUGUCACUGAAUGUUGGAAUACAUUAGAACCAGUAAAUGGUAUAUGUCCACUAAGUAAAUCUGUAUUUUAUGUUCUGUUUGUCAUCAAUUGGAACCAUAUCUAUCUAAAUGAUGUUAAUGGUACAGAUCAUAUUGUUAUUCCGUCAACUAUUAAACAACUGUUAAAGAUUUAUGUUCAAAAUGUAUAUCUUACUAAUAAUCUUAGUGUGUGGGCUACCAAUAAGUCUGUAAAAUUUUUAGUUACCUUAGAAAAUGAGAAUAAAGUUUCUGUAAAAGAUAUAAGAGCAGAUAUUAUACCAAUAAUUAAAUUUGGUUUAUCUGAACAGAGAUUUCACGGAGAAUUUUCAUUUUGUAUCGUCAUGUCCUUUAAGUUUCGUACAUCUUUUCGCAAUAGUUGUCGAGUGUAUAUGAAUUACACGAUUCCAGAAAUAAGCCCUGCGGACAUUACGAGUUGUGUCGCAAAUCCAUAUCCGGUUGCCUAUUGGAUGGCGGUUAUUAUAAUAGGUCCAUUGAAAACACUCCAAAGCUUGGUAUAA